AUGGAACUUCGAGCAAGGUGUGGUACAGCGGUGUUACAGCUUGUGUCAGUACUGUUAUAUAUAUGUAUAGGAGGUGGAGAAACAAAUAGAGAAGCAUCGCUUUAUAGCAAAAUACCAGACCUCGUUGACUAUCUCUGUCCUGGAAGUAAUGUCUGCUCUAGGAAUAAAUCAUCUAUGCCUAAAGACGAUGUUGCAUUUAGACCAGGAACAGAAUCCUGCUGUGCUGAAUGUUCCUGUUCAGAUGAUUGUUCGAAAACUCGUAAUUGUUGUUUUCCGAAUAAAUUGUCAUCAAAAGGGGUGAUCGGUGAAGAACUGCAAACUUUCAGAAACGAUUCUUCUUGUAUUUACCCGAUGUUUCCACAGCCGACAACCGAUGACUAUCUUUACCAGUCACUUUUGAUGGUUUCGUCUAUUCAGAAAAAGAUCUCAAACUCUCGAGAAGGUCCAUCCAAUGUAUAUUGCGGAGAUAGGCAGAUUGCUCCUUGGGGCAGUUUAUUUCCUGUCUACUCUAAAACAUCAAAAAUGAUAUACAAAAAUAUAGAAUGCGCACGGGAGGAUAAUGCAGAUGACGACAUAAUUAUUUGGGAUGCCGUUAUAAGGUGUGCUGAUAUAAAAAUGGGCAUGGCCGCUAUUGAACUGAACGCAAAUACAUUGCCGGAAAGCUGUCAGAUAAAUUUUAUCUUUCCUGGUGAAUCUAAUGUUUUACAACCAUUUAAAUGUUACAUCAAUCUCAUUGACACAUGCUCUGGGAUCAAUGACUUUCAGUUGCCCGAAGGAAUUAAUGUUUUAAAAGAUGACGUACGGUCAUUAUGUACAAACAGUGGCAUUGUCUCACCAUAUCGAGCAGAAAAACUGUAUGCCAAUGUCUUUUGUCACAUAUGUAGUGCAGAGAUGUUCUAUCGCCAAAGCUUUUGCAAAAAGUAUGAUGGCACGAAGCAUGAUUUCAAUCAAAAAGGUGGAUUUGGCAAUUUUAUAGCACUCAUCGAUAACAUCUUUAUUACUACGAGUAAGGAUACUAAGAAAGAGGUUUUUUCGCCUCUCGCAUGCUCCUCUAAAAAUGUUGACAUGUGUCGUCAAACCUAUUGUCCCACUGGACAACACAGAGACAGAGACAAUGACUGUGUUUAUCCAAGUAAGCUUUGGUUGAAUCAAAACUAUGCUGUUUAUGUUAAUCUUACAUUGGAUACAUUUAUAAACGUAUCGGAGAUUUUCAUAAAAGGAGAAAAACCAAAGAAACACAAAGGUAAAAGUGCAGCAAAGAAUCAACCACGGCUGUUUCAAUGA